GCUUGUUGGCGGUGCCUGUCUGCUGUGAUCUGUGUCUGUGGUGGCAGCAGGGUCAUAUAGCGGCCGCUGAAGCAACGGUAUGGGACCAGGACUCUCCCUCGCGCCCCGAUCCAACUCCUUUCGUCAUUCAAAGCGGUUGCCAUUAGCGUCGCUCCCGUCGUCCUGUGUUGACUACCUCACGCUACAAUCGCGUUCAUAGAAGAGGCAGAAAGAAGUGUCCGUGUGUAUGUAUGCCUGGGAGAAGGAUAUCUGCAGCCGCGCAGUGGCAACAUCUCCGGAGCGCUGUUGCAGUUUGCAGUCCACCAAUCUCAGGGGUGGUGGGGAAGAGACAAGACUAAUGACAUACGGGACACAGGCCCACAGCAGUAGUAGUUCUAUUUUCUGCUACGACUCGCUCGUUACGGCUAGCACCAGUGUUACAGCUGGCCCGUUGACUUAGGUUUUAUACGUCAUAGUCGACGUUGUCGGGACUCUGCGCGUUAGUGCGAGGCCCGCGCGUCGGGAUGACGCCGCCGCGACGACGACGGAUUUCUUCCCGUGACGUGGAAGGCUAAGCCCACCAUCGCUGUAGCUUGGAACAGCAUAAUCGGACGCUGAAGGAAAAGAAGAAAGCUGAAACGCAAUAAAACAACGUGCAACGGAAAAGACGCUGACGGUGGAAGUAGCCGUAGGAGAUCGGAACAGGACUGCGCUUGGCCUUUUCCACUACUACUUGUACCACAGGAAUACAGCAGGCGUGUAUGCAUUGUGUGUGGCAUAGCAGGCAAGGCUGGCAGAUAUAUUCACCCAUCUAAGCACCCACUCCCCUUAGGCGAGCCCCAGCCCCAGUUGUGAUUAGAGCACUCGGUCACCGGGACUGGAAUAGUCAUCAGUCCGGACAUCAGUUUGGCUUUGAAACUCCCGAAACAGUUCUGAACAGCUAAACAGUUCGUCAAACAAAAACUACCUAACUAUCACGGGACUUUGUCAACCUCAGAAACAGCGAAUCGCUGCCUGGUUCGCGUGACUACCAAAUGCGGGGUUUUCAUACUGAUACGUAUACUAAGCUUGCCUAAUAAUAGCUAGCUUGGAAGCUGCGGCUACUUAAUUCUCAAUUCACAAGCGCAGCGUAACACUCAGCGCCUCACGGUUUUCCAGAAACUAAUUUUUGCAAUGGAUGUGCAGGCGCUGCGACGAUCACAAUGGCGUGCCUUCUGGGAUAAACAAGGCAAGAGCGUCACGCGAUGCGCUUUCAUCAUUUUCUACGUCAGCUUAGUUGUGGCCAGCUAUACUGUUCUACAGGCGACGCCGUACAUAGCUUUCGGCGUGUCCCUGUAUAUGAUUGCGUCGGGGGUGUUGUUCGGCAUCUUUGUGUUUGCCUGUACCGGGUCAAAUACACGCCUGUGCGAAUGCUGUCGCUUUGGAUGUUCACUGCUAUUGGCGUUAGCGUUAACUUUCUUCAUCCUAGUUUCCGGUGGGGUGGCUGCCGAUGCUGCCGCCGCAAGCCAUACCCCGUUGCUUCCAAGACCGAGUCUCGUGCUCGAUUCGGUCAUCGUCGCAUCAAUUGGCUUCUUUGUCGUCAUCGUCAUCCUACUUCCGGUGUUGGCACCGGUCAAGGUCCAGACGCGAGACGCCGACCGCAUGACCAUCCAAAUGACAGCGGUGUACGCACAGUUCGCGUCGCGGUCCGACCGCGGCAGUAAUGGUUCAGCAGUAAAUCCCACAUUAUUAAUUGGAAACGGAACAGGCCCGCCCGGGACGGAGACUCUCCUGCUCUAUUCUCGCGUUCGGGGUCAGCCUCCCACAUACGAGGAGAGCCAGCUACGUAACAGCCAGAGAGACCAGCCCGGCGCUUUGACUCGCAGGAGCAGCGCUUCAUCAAACAACUCCAGAGGAAAGCAACUGGCCAAGACCGUGUUCGUCUUCCCUGGAGGAUCGCUCGACAGGUCACGCGCUCCGUCCAUACCAAACUGUCCGCCUCCGCCCUACGAAGAACAGGAAAUGUCCAGUGCUCUCGUCGUUCAAAAACAGAUACAGAAUGGUACGGCAACUACGACCGUUUGGUCUUCUGAGAGCGGGUUAGGUGCACAAGGUAUUAGCAUCGAGGGUUUGUUUCCACCAUCGUACGAAGAAGCAACCGAGUGGGAAAGACCACCCUCUACAAGACGAAGGCCGGAAUUAUUUGGUGGAAAUCAACCUGGUACGUCUGGGUACAACACGACUCCUCGAGUGAGCUAUUAUUGCUCGGACCGUUAUUAUGUCCACCAGCGACCCACUGCUCCGCAGCCAAGUCAAAAUUCACCGUCAACUACGAACGAAUGGCGUACUAGGGCACGAUCAAUUUUAGACAGUUGUAGUGAUACAGACGAUUCGAGAAACGGAACCCUUCAACGCCCUCAGCCCAAGGGCGUCUCGUCAUCGGCAGACUACCUUGCGCAGCAACAGGCCCAGCCGCCCCAACAGAACCAGGCGUUUCCUGUCACAGGGAACUACCCCUUAUACGGCACCCUACCGCUUCAGCACAAUCACAAUAUGCACCGCCAACAGCAGCCGAUACAUACAUUUGCUGCCUCGCAGGUCUUCUCUAAUCAAAUCGCCCUGCCUGUGGACCACAGCAGCCGUUCGGUAACGCUUCGGCCCGCUGACUGGGGCCGAUACAAUCGGAUCAGAUCAUUCCUUGACGGCAGCGAUACGUCGACCGAGGAGUGCACGUCGGACAUACCCGCGGUGCAUGCGCCUAACUACGCCAACUAUCGCACAUAUCAUGGCGGACGUCGCUAUCAAAAUCACUGGCGGCGGCAGUACGCCAUGGACGAGUAUCACGGGGUCGUGUACGGCACGACGGGACGAGCAAUGUGCCAACAGACGCGAACUGCGUUCUACUAUCCGCACACUGGCUCACUGCAAAGGCCUAGUGUCACUGUAAACCAUCCGAUCAAUACAACUGGUCUACCAAAUGCGGCGCCACAGCAUCCGCGUCCCCAUGCCGCGGCGGGUUGUCCCCAACGCAGCUCUUCUGCCGCGUCGACGUGCGGCUGUCCCGAAUUGUCCGUCGGCUCAAUGGCAGGCAUGUACUACCAGGCGGGGCCGGCGAUUCCGUCCAAUACUACCAUCGCGAACAGCCUUGCCAGCGUCAAUGGGAUUCCGCCACAUUUGGCUCCAGCCACCUGACACCCGGCAGAGUCAACGGAAGUUCGUAUUCACAUGUAGAGUCACGUGACAGAUACGUCCACGCAUUGGGGAUUCACAAACCCCCCAAAAAAGAGCAUACAAAGGAUCGCAUCAAUGGGGCGCACCAUACGCAAAAUAACUAUUCUCAACGAGAAUGUACUAUGGUAGAAUGGUUUGUGCUGGCUUACGAGUUUGAAUAAUAGUCAUACCGCCCCAAUUUGUCAUCGAUCGUUGUCAGCGAUUCUGCGACGGUUCUUAUCUAACGGUAGUUGCAGUGAUGGUUCGACGUGCUAAAAGCAAACUAAAGACAUGGCCAGACGCUAAAAUGACCAGCGGAAAAGUGUGAAUCAUUCGAACGCGCUUGACUUGCCUCGCAGUCUUGCCGCACCCUGCGAGCCCUAUUCGUAUUAGCCCAAAUGGCCAGCACCGUUAGACCAGGCAGAACCUACCUUAAACCUUGAGAUAGUAAUGCAGUGAUGUUGAUUCAUAACAUGUACUGCCCACACAUUACGACAAGCCGCACAUGGUAAUGAACGCUUCACCUUGUAAGAAAAAAAACUCAAACCUGUAACUAAACUAGACAGAGAAGAAUUGAAAGUUCGCGAAACAUCAGCAGAGAGACACUGAAUGAAAGUGAGAGACUGCGUGAGUUUAGAAAGGAAGAUAGUAACACCUUCACUGAAAUAUGCAUGUAGGGACCUGAUCAUGAGGCUAAUAUGACAAAAUAAAUUGACGCAGCUUAAAGAAAGCUUCCAACGUCGAAGCAAAUUUUACUGAUGUGAUCAGAUGUGAUUGAAUCAGACUGGCGCGCAUCCAAAAAGAACGUGAAAGAAGCACGAGUGAGAAAACGAGUACUUUAAUGACUACACGAGGCGCGCCGAGUUCUUCCGUUUCAGUAAAUAGACAGAUAAUGAAUGUAUGGCGUAUGUAGAAACUAACGUCGUCGAAGCUAGUAAUAGCAGCAGCAGCAGCAGCAGCAAGAGGACUGGGUGUAAAUGCUAUUUUCAGAAACUAGCGGAAGCUGCUAUCGCUUACUCCCUGAAACGACCAGCAAAAAAGUCAAGUGAAACUCAAAAACCGAUACCGAAUUAGCUGAAUCUGUAUUAGAUGAUUUAGGAAGGAUCGACAACGUUAUUUUUAAGUAAAUCACCGUCAUCCUGCUCUGUAAACUAAUCUGACAAUGUUCGCGACGCUCGUUGAUUCGUCGACAUAUGUCGCUGGACCGAGAAACCAAUACCAAUACGAUUCGGGUUCAUUAGGCGAUCGAUGCAGCUUUAUCAGCAUACGAUCUGUUGAGAGACAAAAAGGCCAAUAGCACCUGCACAGGGUUUAAACGUCUAAUAGAAUAUGGUGGACAUUGUUGUUACUUGUGUGCUAUAUAUAUAUAUAGGUAAAUGUGUGUACAUCGGAGAGCUCAAUGAAAAUAAUUCUGAUGUGCGUAUGUCUCCCAAUAACUGCGUGUGCCUAAGCGUGCAAUACAGAAACCCCGUAGCCAACGUAGCACGUCGAUACUGCUUCCCAUAUAAAGCGUCAUCCUGACACAAAACUUACAUUGUUGGCAACAGAGCGCUCACAAUCAACGUAGCCGAAUGACAGAAUAAACUCGGUCACGCUCUAGCGGUAAUAGGUGACGGAGCGUUUUAGGCUCGUCCAACUAUACAAAACGAUACCAAACAACGUCACCCUGUACAUUUGUAAUAGCGACAACAGCACUAGUGAUUUUGUACGCCUGGAAACAAGACGAUUACGUAACUGAUGAAAAUCGUAUGAAAACAAUACUGAGUGAUGAAUAAACGAAUUUAUAAAGUCAAAACGUCGGUAAACAUUGCGUUGUUCUUUGUUGACGACAAUCGAUUGGUACGUAUGUAAUCGGUCUCUUCAUCUUCGAUAUUGUUAAAUGAUUGGCGCAAAAGUGAUCCAUUUAAAGAGAUUUCUUCAUGUAUCCUUUUCUUACCGAGAGAUAGUAAAACGAGUAGAAUUUCUUAUUACUAGUAUUAUCAUUAACAUGGGUUGAUAACCGAUAAACGAUGAAUGAAAGGUGCGACGGAUUUACUGCAUAAUCUUUAAUGGAAAUUCACAUAGAAAUAGGACAACUUGUAGAGACAUUACGUUACCUGUCCGCAAGCGAUUUACAAGCGCUUCGAGGGGAGAAAAAGCUCGCGGACUCUUUUAGUAGUAGUACUGGCGUACAGGAGCUUCAUAUAGAAAGGCACGUAUCCUGGGCAUUUUGCAAAGCUUCGAGCAAAUCGAGCGAAAACUUCAGCUCGAUUUCCUGUCAGUUGAUUCGACGGCCACCACAGAUAAUAAUAUAAGUACGUACAACCCUGUCGGAAAUCGCAAAACGACCUUUUGAUAUAACCUCUAAACGACUUGCAAAAUAGCAAGAAUAGGGUACUUCUCCCUGUUGUGUAAGCUGUCAUUGAUGCCAGAACGCAAAACUCUUAGAAAACGGUUUUUGGAUCCAGACUAAAUAGAAAUAUUAUUUUUUUCGCACGAAAACAGUCUCAUGCCGCUACGUUUUCACUU